AAAGCGACAAGUUGAGAAUUUGGACACUACAGAUAAAGGGAAGACAAGUGUCUUUCCUCUUCUCCUUGCCAUUUUUACAUAUAUAAAUGAAAAUCUGAAGAGCUCAAUUUUAUUUUUCCAAAGGAAGCUCUUACACAAAACAUGGCUAGUACUAUAACUAACUCCUUCUGUCUUUCUCUCAACCCCGCCAUUACACAACGGCGGCGCAAUCAACAAGUCUUAAUCCGGCGACCAUCUCACUUCCCUAUCUCUUCAACACAACGUCCGUUUCGUCCGCAAUUCAUUAGUUGCCGGAAACUGAAACGGUCCGCGAUAUCUUCAGCUUACAUUACAGGCCCUGCUUUCGAUGCUAUUGUUUCAGAAAACGAUCCUAAAUUCGAAGAAUCGGAUGAUAGUUUCGUGGCAGUUGAGCCAAUUGAAGUUAUCAGUUGGGGUUUUAUGUGGAAACUUGUUUCUCGCCACAAGUUGAGGCUCAUUGCUUCUGUUCUCACUCUUAUCGGCUGUACAGCUUGUACUCUCACCAUGCCUUUACUUUCCGGAAGAUUUUUUGAAGUACUUAUUGGAACAAGACCAGAGCCUCUGUUGGAACUGCUCAGUAAAGUGGGACUUCUGUAUGCACUGGAGCCAAUUUUUACAAUUAUCUACGUGGUGAACAUGAAUUCCAUUUGGGAGAAGGUUAUGUCCAGCUUAAGGGCUCAAAUUUUUCAGAGAGUACUGAUUCAAAAGGUUGAAUUUUUUGAUCGUUACAAGGUUGGUGAGUUAACAGCUCUAUUAACAACUGAUCUUGGUUCACUCAAAAAUAUUGUCAGUGAGAAUACUUCACGGGAUCGUGGUUUUAGGGCAUUAUCAGAGGUGGUUGGAACAUUGUCCUUAUUGUUUGCUCUAUCUCCCCAGCUUGCUCCAAUUUUGGGCGUACUCAUGCUCACCGUGUCUAUUUUAGUCGCUGUGUACAAGAGGACAACUGUAAAUGUCUUCAAAGCUCAUGGACUGGUCCAAGCAUCAAUAGCUGACUCUGUGGCCGAAUCAUUUUCUGCCAUUCGCACUGUGAGGUCAUUUAGUGGGGAGAAGCGUCAGAUGUCAGUGUUUGCUCGCCAGGUACUCGAGUAUGAGAGUAGUGGCAUAAAGCUUGGAACCUUUAAAUCCUUCAAUGAGUCAGUGACUAGGGUGGCAGUUUAUAUCUCCUUGAUGGCUUUAUAUUGUCUUGGUGGAAGCAAAGUAAAGGCAGGUGAAAUGUCAGUGGGAAUUGUGGCUUCAUUUAUCGGAUACACUUUUACAUUAACUUUCGCAGUUCAAGGCCUCGUAAAUACCUUUGGAGAUCUUCGUACAGCUUUUGCAGCAACUGAGAGAAUUAAUUCUGUUUUGUCCGGAGCUGAAAUUGAUGAAGCGCUUGCAUAUUCUUUAGAGAAAGACAUGAAGCAAAAGAAGGUCCGUGAUGAGACUUUAGAAUUAUACUUGGUGAAUGGUUCUAAUGAGAAGAAACAAUCUACCAAAACAAGAUACAUGUCUUCCUUAAAAUUGGGUAGCAGUGUGCGAAGCCUGGCAGAGACAGGUGAUAUCUGUCUUGAAGAUGUGUAUUUCUCGUAUCCAGUGAGGCCUGAUGUGGAAAUCCUUUGUGGUCUUAAUUUAACGCUAAAAUGUGGAACUGUUACAGCUCUGGUGGGACCAAGUGGUGCGGGGAAAAGUACAGUAGUACAACUAUUAGCACGUUUCUAUGAGCCAACUCGAGGCCGCAUAACUGUUGCAGGAGAAGAUUUGCGAACAUUUGAUAAGAGUGAAUGGGCACGGGUUGUCUCUAUAGUGAAUCAAGAACCUGUUCUUUUCUCUGUAUCGGUUGGAGAAAAUAUCGCUUAUGGUCUCCCUGAUGAGUAUGUAUCCAAGGACGAUGUGAUAAAGGCAGCCAAGGCCGCCAAUGCUCAUGAGUUCAUAAUUUCAAUGCCACAGGGUUAUGACACAUUGGUUGGGGAACGUGGUGGUUUAUUGAGUGGUGGACAGAGGCAGAGAAUUGCUAUUGCAAGGGCUCUACUGAAGAAUGCCCCUAUUUUGAUUCUCGAUGAGGCCACUAGUGCUUUAGACACAGUAAGUGAGCGUCUAGUCCAAGAAGCACUGGACCAUCUGAUGAAGGGACGAACAACUUUGGUUAUUGCUCAUAGAUUGAGCACAGUUCAGAAUGCAGAUCAAAUUGCUCUUUGUUCUGAUGGGAAGAUUGCGGAGUUGGGAACACACUUUGAGUUGUUGGAGAGGAAAGACCAAUACGCUUCUCUGGUUGACACUCAGAGGCUCGCAUUUGAAUAAUGUAUAGCACCUCGUUUUUUGCUAGUUUAUCAGAACAAUUUCAGAGGCAGAAUAUAUGCAGCAUGAUAUUGUGCACUGCAGGGGCAAACAUUAGGGAUCGAAUGUUGAAUGGAAGGAGGAUGAAUAUAGCAGGAAGAAAAACAGAGAAACAAGUCUCUUUUUUCUUUUGAACAUAACUAAGUUAUACAAAGUUUACAUGCUAUAAACAACUGAUGUAAAAUAUAGUAUGACUGUACUGGUUACUGUAAAUCCUGUAUCAUUGGAUAUUCACACGUCUGAUGCUCCCAUGAAUUCUACUUUUUCUGAAUUACAAAAUUCAAUAUUAAAUGUUUUAUAACUUCAAA